UCUCCGUCUGUGUCGCAUUCCCCUGCGCUCCGCCAGCCUUCUGUUUGUGAUGAGGCGGGAAAUGGCGUCCGAAGACUCGGCUGUUCUGUGACUUAUCCACUGAGAGACGGACACAGCUGGCGGCAACAACCACGGAUCGACCUCUACCGGUGGCCGCCACAGUCGCGGCCGAGACUGACAACGGUCUGGCGGGUUUUCACGAGCAUCCGAAAUCUUCGGCCAUGCUAGAGAUAUGGAUACAGGUGGGAGUGCUGCGUUAUUCAGCGUUUUUUUAUGUGACGUCGGAGCAUGAUGAGGCUGAGAGUGCGUAAAGCUCCUCAGCAGCUAAACAAAGGCCACCGAACGCACCCGUCCCAGGCCAAACGAAAACACAGAGAGGUGGAGACAUCCCCGCUGAGAGGUCGAGGCAAAAUGCAGAAGAAUGAGACCGGGCUCCUCUCCACUAUAAAGAAAUUCAUCCGUGGGAAUGCCGUCAAGGGAAUUGAGGAAGGAUUCCAGUUAACCUCACGUUUUUUUAUAAAUGUGGAGCAGGAAAUCCCAGCCAAGAGAAGUCGUAUUGAUUGUAAUUCAGACAAUGACCUCAUUUCUUCAACACCCCCGACCCGAGAUCUGUCCAACAAGUCGGUCUCAAGAGUUUGUCGAAAAACUCAAAGUAAAGACACAAUGACCUGCAACAGUAAACCCAUGAAACCUAAUGGUAAACUGGAGGCCCCUGUUGACUCAUUAAGCAGCCCACCUCGCACAACCCUACUGGGAACCAUCUUCUCCCCGGUUUUCAACUUCUUCUCACCAGCAACUAAAACUGCCACUCCAGGCUCAGAUUCGCCGGGCCAAGCAGUGGAGGCAGAGGAAAUCAUUAAACAGCUGGACAUUGAGCAAGCAGAAGAAAUGCCGAGCAGUACUCUGACAUCCAGGGAAGGAAUCACUCCGUGUCACACUGUCCAAAUGUUACCACAGAGGCUUCAGGUCACCUCUGACACAACCAUCGAAGAAGGAGAAAUCGCCACCGAAGCUGACAUACCCCCAUUAACAGCUCCUGGGUGUAUGCCAGAUGGCAGCUACCCACACUCUUUACCUUCAGCACCUGCGGAAACCUCUUAUGAUGAGGACUGGGAAGUUUUUGACCCGUACUUCUUCAUCAAGCAUGUGCCUCCACUGACAGAAGAGCAGUUAACUCGUAAACCAGCACUACCUUUGAAAACCCGCAGCACACCUGAUUUCUCUCUCGUCCUGGACCUGGAUGAAACUUUAGUCCACUGCAGUUUGAAUGAACUAGAAGAUGCAGCCCUGACAUUCCCUGUGCUCUUUCAAGAUGUAAUAUACCAGGUCUAUGUGCGAUUGAGGCCCUUUUUUCGAGAGUUUCUUGAGCGCAUGUCUCAGUUGUACGAGAUUAUUCUCUUCACUGCUUCAAAAAAGGUCUAUGCAGAUAAGUUGCUCAACAUCCUGGAUCCGAAAAAACAGCUAGUUAGACAUAGACUGUUUCGGGAGCACUGUGUUUGUGUUCAAGGAAAUUAUAUUAAAGACCUGAACAUCCUCGGGCGGGAUCUUGCAAAGACGGUUAUAAUCGACAACUCACCCCAAGCCUUUGCCUAUCAGCUUUCUAAUGGAGUCCCAAUCGAGAGCUGGUUUGUGGAUAGAAAUGACAACGAGCUUUUAAAGCUUAUCCCCUUCCUUGAGAAACUCGUGGAGCUGAACGAAGACGUCAGACCGCACAUCAGAGAACGGUUUCGUUUGCAUGACCUCCUUCCUCCAGACUGAGGGGCCUUCAUUCAUGCCUCACUUCAACAACAGGAUACAUUCAGUGGUUUUCUCUCUGCGUACACUUUGCCAUUGCUUUUAAAAGAAAAGAAAAAAACAUGUUAAAAAAUCAAAAAGCUCUAUUUGAUUUAAAAAGUCCUGGAUGUUCAUACAAGGUUGAAUAAGAGCAGACGACCUUCUGGAGGGUAGUUUGUCUCCAACGCAACCAUUUUGGAUUGACGAAAGUGAAUGUCGCGUGAUGUUUGUUCAAACGGACCAUGUCGGUUUCAGCCUGACCUUAAACGGCCGGUCAAACCUGUAUAUUAUUCAUUCUAGUUACUUGUAAAUAUAUGUACAUAAUUGUUUCAUUUCUUUUUUCUUCAAGGUUUUUAAGUCAUUUUAUUUCCACUUUGGAUUUUAGUAUGUACUCUAUUGAUUGGUUGCUUUUAUAAAACCCACAAAAUGUCGUGUUUUCUUUGAAAUUGUUAAGCAGCUGCUUUUUCGGUUUGUAUGCCUGCAGUAUUCCUGUGAUGCUUUACCCCAUUACAUGCAGUUGUCUGAAAUAAGGUGCAGUUGAAAGAAAAAGUAUCUUUAGGGGUAAAAUGUUUCUGAAAUAUUUUAAAAUCAAGAUAUAUAAGCUAGGAUAAGGUCUCAAAUGAAUACAAAGCCAUAAUGGCCAAACAAUAAUUUCAGAGAUUUGUACGUAAGAAUCCAGUUCUGAUUUCGACACUUUGAUGAGGGGAUUUGUGUGUGUGUGUUGGGGGGCAUCUUGCACUUUGACCCUUUGUAAGUUGAUAUGAUUAAAUCUUGUCACUUUUGUAUGCAUCACCUAAAUUUGUUAUUUGGAGGAAAGAAAAGAAAAUUGUAGCACCAGCAAAUUGCCAACAUGAUUGCUAUUAAAUCUUGUUUUUCCAAAACGUCUUGUAUGUCGGAUCUCUGAUGUGAGUCACGAGUUUUAUUGACUUGAAUGAUCACUCCUGGUGUAUUCAGUGUUCCUUAAUGGUUUUCUUGGAAAUAAAUACAUUUUUAUAUGA